AUGGUCAAUAUGAAAGCCCUCAUAACCGCGCCUCAAAAUACCGCAGUGGUUGCCGAUAUUCCUGUCCCUGUACCAGGGCCCAGAGAAAUUCGUGUGAAAGUUCAUUCCGUCGCACUAAAUCCUGUCGACGCCCUUUAUGUUGCUUAUCCUCUCGACAAACCUGGUCGAGUGGUUGGUAGUGAUUUUGCAGGAACGGUGGACCGCGCUGGCGAGGAGGUGACCAGGUGGCGGAUUGGCGAUAGAGUCGCCGGGUUUGUUCAAGGAGCUUCUUCGGGCAACUGGAGACCCGGAGCAUUUGCACAAUUCGCGAUUCUUGAAGGAGACCUUGCUAUCAAAGUCCCAUCCCGAGUGUCCUUCGAGGAGGCAGCAACUUUGCCCUUGUGCUCCUUAACUGCAGCCCAGGCUCUGUUCAUUCGUCUCGAGAUCAAUAGUCCUUUCCCUAGCCCUUUCCGAUUUGACCCACCGAAACUCGACACUCCCGCUAUCCUUGUCUACUCUGGAGCAACAUCAGUUGGACUAUUUGCAAUUAGCCUUGCGAAAUUGCUUCACACGCCAGCCGGCCACCCCUACCGUAUUUUCGCUACUGUGAGCCCUAGAAACCGCGAGAAGCUUUUGGAUCUCGGUGUAGAGGCUGCCUACGACUACUAUUCCUCCACAUGGCCCGAAGAUCUCCGCAGAGCUAGUGGCGGCAUAUCCUAUGCCAUUGAUUGCAUUUCCGAAGACGAGAGCACAGCACGCAUAUCGCAAGCAUUCGUGGACGGUGGGGGCAAGAUUGCCGUCUUGCGGCAAUCAGCUUGGGAUAAACAAUGUGUUCGCGAAGAUGUAUUGCCCCUCUACGGGGCAGUUUGGUCUGGGCUUGGUCAUGAAGUAUUCUAUAACACUUUGAGUAUCGAUGACGUCCUGCCCGCAUCACCGUCCUGGCGACAAUUUACAAUUGCCUUCUACCACUUCCUGUCCACUGGAGCUGCCGCUGACGCCUCUAAAUUCCCCAUACCGGCAAACCCUGUCCGCCUCAUGCCAGGUGGACUCGCUAGCAUCGUGUCCGACGGUUUUGCUUUGCUCGGCUCUGGAAAAGUCAGAGAUCGUCAGUUUACGUCCCAGGGUGUCAUGAUGAAUCCGAUCUCCGCUGAAAAGCUUGUUUAUAACAUUGAUGAUUAG